GAGCGUGUUGCCCGCUGGCCCAGCUGCGGUUCCACCACAUCCCGCCGCUCCCCGUGGCUGCCGCGCCGUCCGACGCUCCAUCCCUCGCCGCCGCAGGAUGGUCAACGUCGGAGGCUCGGUCUCGGAGGUGGGGCCGUCGGGCCGGCCGCCGAGCAGCCAGGAGCUGUACGCGGCGGGUCGCGUGAUUGGCUACAAGUGCUUCGACCAGAACUACGACUUUAUGAAGUGCAAGGCCAAGGACGACAACCCGACCGCCUGUGUCUCCGAGGGCGACGCGGUGCACGGCUGCGUGUACGGCCUGUUCAAGCAGAUCUCCUCGACGACAAAGAAGGAGUUUGACGCGCUCGCCAAGUGUCUAGACAACGAGGACCUUCAGCCCCACAUGUGCAAGGCCAAGCAGGCGGCAUUUGAGUCCACCUUCUACGCGAAGACCAGCUGAGCCCCCCUCUCCCUCUACUGUUGCCGGCCGCCAUGCCCCUCCCCCACGCCCCCUUGCCGUGAGUCAGGCCGUGAUGUCGAGCGCAGGGCCGCCCUCCGCGCAGCCCGCGCGCCGUGUCUGGGGGCUCUCACUGUGCUUGCUGCGCGAGCAGCUUGCUUCAGUACCUGUGGAGUAGCGCUGCGGGCACUAGGCCGGUCCUUGGAGUCAGACCGCAUGGCGCGGCGUACGGGUUUGUCCGCGCUCGGUCUCGCGGGCCCGGGGCGGCGGGCGGGGUCGCUCAAUGGCUAGGCUUUAUUUUCGUAGAGAGACGCCUUACGGUACGAACACUUGUUGGUUGAACAA